AUGAAGGAUUUGGAGAGGGAGAGGGAGGAGGAUAUGCUGUCAAAUCCGAUCACGGCUCCGGUCAUACCUCACGCGCGCAUUCGGUUGCUGAGUCCUAUGGCUUUGGCUUCGACCCCUCUCGGUAUCAAGAGAAGCCUGUCGACUACCGCGAAAGUGAAGGGCAGCCCGGCCGCAGCCAAGGCUAGUCCAGCUACUGCGAAAGGCAGUCCCGCUGGGCAGAGCACGCCCUACGGCCACACCCCUCCGCGCGGAUCGAGCGUCAGAUACACUGGCGUUGGCGUCUCGCCUCAAACUACACUUCCCACUGGACGGAGAAGUCAGGGCGUUGCUGCGAGCGUACUCGCAAUCCCCUGCGAUGAGGCGGCGCGUAUGAACCUGGUGCUUGGGAAUGGUCUUAUGGGUGGGAUGGACGGGUGUGUGUGGGAUCGCGAGAAUGGCGUGAAGUUGGCGCCCGACGUUCAUACUGUGGAAGGCGUCUGGGUAGACGAGGUGGUGCGAGUAAUGCUCGACGCUAAGAAGCCUGACGAUGGGUCUGGCGCUCUUGCUAGGAAUGAUCAUGAUGUACGAUGA